AUGACAGCGAAGUAUGUUUUUACGACGCUGAUCAACGCAGCUUUUCUUUGCCUUGCAUCAACGAUACUCUCGGAAUCGGCUGGAACGUCUUGCAAGUGGUUGUCCGAGGGUGGUAACGACACACGUUCCGCGGACUGCACUCUUCGUGUAUUAGAUCCUGGUGCGAUUACUGGUCUAGUCGCGUCCCUCGACGGCGCUUUGAAAUUACGGAUACGGUGCAGCGACGUCCAUCAUUUCGAGAGCAGUUUCAACGCGCAAAGUUGGCAACGUUUGACUAGUUUGCACGAGCUGCACGUGCACGGUUGCAAAGUAUUGCGGAUACCCGAAGGUGCAUUCCAACCGCUUCUAGAACUCAAGAAACUGACUGUACAAACUUUCAACUCCGUGUGGGGUGCAAGCCGUUUUCUCGAACUCGCGCCCGAUUCUUUCCUCGGUCUGCGGGAACUGCAUACGUUAGAAAUUGUGGAGAGCAAUGUGCAAGCGUUACCAGUGAACUCGCUUUGCUCCCUGGAUAAUCUGCAAACGUUAAAUUUAACGGAGAAUCGUUUGCGCGAUAUAAACGAUAUUGGAUUGAAUCGACGUGACUCGGACGACGGAUCCGACGGAAACGACGGUGACGAGUCGUCGUGCCGCGCGGACAUUCGAAUUCUGGAUCUGUCGCGGAAUGAGAUUACGCGUUUGCAAGAGAACAGCCCGUUGCUCGAUCUUCGCCAACUACAAGAGCUACACCUGCAACGGAACGCGAUCGUGGAAAUAGCCGGUGACGCGCUCACCGGGCUCACCGUGUUGCGCACUUUUAACGCCAGUUACAAUUCACUGGACUCGUUGCCCGAAGGAUUGUUCGCCAGCACGAGGGAUCUUCGCGAGAUACACCUGGCGUACAACGGGCUCCGCGACUUGCCCAAGGGUAUAUUCACCCGUCUGGAGCAGCUGCUUGUACUGAAUCUCGCCGGCAAUCGGCUCGGCAGCGAUCGAGUGGACGAGACCACGUUUCUCGGUCUAAUACGACUGAUCGUUCUCAACCUGUCUUACAACAUGCUCACGCACAUCGACGCUCGUAUGUUCAAGGAUCUCUUCUUCCUUCAAAUUCUCGAUCUUAGGAACAACUCGAUCGAUCGGAUCGAGAGCAACGCCUUUCUGCCGCUCUACAAUCUGCACACCCUCGAGCUGUCCGACAACAAGCUUCGCACCGUGGGAGCGCAACUGUUCAACGGCCUGUUCGUCCUGAAUCGGCUCACGUUGUCCGGCAACGCGAUCGCGAGCAUCGACCCGCUCGCGUUUCGCAACUGUUCCGACCUGAAGGAACUGGAUCUGAGCGGUAACGAGCUUACGUCCGUGCCCGACGCGCUGCGCGAUCUCGCGCUUCUGAAAACUCUCGACCUGGGCGAGAACCGGAUCAGCAAUUUUUACAACGGCUCGUUCCGCAAUCUCGAUCAACUCACGGGAUUGCGGUUGAUCGGCAACGAUAUAGGCAAUCUGUCGCGCGGCAUGCUGUGGGAUCUGCCGAAUCUGCAGAUAUUGAAUUUGGCAAGGAACAAGGUUCAACACGUCGAGAGGUACGCGUUCGAACGGAACAUGAGAUUGGAGGCGAUCAGGCUCGACGGCAACUUCCUCUCGGAUAUUAACGGCGUUUUCACAAGCAUUGCAAGUUUGUUGCUGUUGAACCUGUCGGAGAAUCACAUCGAGUGGUUCGACUACGCGUUCAUACCGGGAAAUUUGAAAUGGCUGGACAUACACGGGAACUUCAUCGAGAGUUUAGGAAAUUAUUACAAGAUUCGCGACUCGAAGGUGAAGACGUUGGACGCCAGUCACAAUCGUAUCACGGAACUGUCCCCGCUGUCCGUGCCGGACAGCGUCGAGUUGCUGUUCAUAAACAACAACUACAUCAACCUUGUACGGCCCAACACGUUCACGGACAAGGUGAACCUGACCAGGGUCGACAUGUACGCGAACAUGAUCGAGACGAUGGAGCUGACGUCAUUGCUGCUGACCAAGGUGGCGGAGGACCGGCCCCUGCCAGAAUUCUACAUCGGCGGCAAUCCCUUCAACUGCAACUGCUCGAUGGACUGGCUGCCGGGAAUCAACAAUCAGACCUCGACCAGGGAAUAUCCACGGAUCAUGGACCUGGACAACGUGAUGUGUCGCACGUCCGGCCCACGUGGCGUUGCAAUCGUGUCCGCCUCGACGGCCAGAUCCGAGCAGUUUCUCUGCCGAUACGAGGCCCAUUGUUUCGCCCUGUGCCACUGCUGCGAUUUCGACGCUUGCGACUGCGAGAUGACCUGUCCUGCCGGUUGCAAGUGCUACAACGACCGCACGUGGAACACGAACGCGGUGGACUGUUCCGGGUUGGGCGUGGAGGAGAUACCGCGCCGGAUCCCGAUGGACGCGACCGAGGUUUACCUGGACGGUAACGUGUUACGGGAGUUGCAGAACCACGUGUUCAUCGGGCGGAAGAACAUGAGGGUGUUGUACGUGAACGGGAGCGGUAUAGAAUCGAUCCAGAAUCGCACGUUCAACGGGUUGAACAAUCUCCAGAUCCUACACCUCGAGGACAAUCGGAUACGGGAGUUGAAGGGCUUCGAGUUCGAACGGCUGUCCCACCUGCGCGAACUCUACCUGCAGAACAAUCUGAUCGGAUUCAUCGGUAACCUGACCUUCCUCCCGUUACGUUCCCUCGAAAUAUUAAGGCUGAGCGGGAAUCGAUUGGUGACGUUUCCGGUGUGGCAGGUCACCCUGAACGCCCGCCUCGUCGAGCUGUCGCUCGGUAGCAAUCCGUGGUCCUGCCGUUGCAAGUUCUUGCAAGAGUUGUCCUCCUGGGUGUCGGACAACGCGCACAAAGUGGUGGACGCGAGCGACGUGUGGUGCUACUACGGGGGCGACGCGAGGCCGGCUUACAGGCGGCGAUUGAACGUGAACGAGACGGUCUGUUCCGAUUACUUCUCCCAGGGUGGGGUGAUAGAGAGCAUCAUGGUGUCCGAUUACUUGCCGCUGGUGGCAGCCACGUUGUCCGGGGUGCUCGUCCUCCUCGUCAUCAUCGUUCUCGCGUUCGUGUUCCGCGAGUCGGUCGGCGCGUGGGCGUACUCCAAGUACGGGCUGCGAUUUUUGCGCGCGAAGCCCGGCAAGUCGAGCGGAGCCGCGGCCAUGGCGUCCGCCGCCCCGAUGCCCGCCUGCUUCGACUCGGACCGCGAGCGCCUCUACGAUUGUUACGUCUGUUACAGCCCCAACGACGAGGAUUUCGUGUUGCACUCGUUGGCCGUGGAGCUGGAGCACGGCGCGGCCGGCCUCAGGCUGUGCCUUCACCACCGCGACCUGCCCUGCGUACUCCGCGCUUCCACCCCGGCGCCGGUCGUCCUCGAGGCGGUGCACGCGUCGCGCCGCGUGCUCAUCGUCCUCACCCGCAACUUCCUGCUCACCGAGUGGUCCCGCUUCGAGUUCCGCGCCGCCCUUCACGAGGCCCUCCGCGGCCGGACCGCGCAGCUGAUCAUCGUCCAAGCGGAGAACGCGUAUCCGGAAGUGGAGCUGGACCGCGAGCUGCGCCCGUACCUUCGCACCGCGGCCGCGAUCCUCACGUGGAACGAGAAGAGGUUCUGGGAACGUCUUCGGUACGCGAUACCGUCGGCCGGCGAUAUAUCGAUCGAGAGCAAAUCGUCGCCCCUCGUCUACAAGCGCAACAUAAACACGUACACGUUGGACGGUGUCGGUAGCGUGGAGAAGACGGGCGUGUCGACGUUGCGCGGCCAAGAACGGCAACGCUCCCUGUUCAAAGACUCGUCCCCGGCCACCGCGUUAAUGUUGCAACACGCGCCGCCCGCCUAUUCCUGCGGCACGGUGUCCGUGCCGCAACAACAACAACUGCCACCUUCGUCCCCGCAACCCAGGCUGACCGUCAAUCACGCCUACCGAGAUGCGGUUACCGUGCCGGGUAACAAUCUCAUCGCCACGAACACGACGGUCAGCAGCGGCAGCAGCGAGGAUCACAGAAGGCCGCUGUCCGAGCACAUAUACUCGUCCAUCGACUCGGAUUAUUCCACGCUGGAGAGAACCGCCUGGAGACAACAGCAACCCCCGCCUCCGCCCCCACCGCCAUCCUCCGGCCAGGCCUAUCUCGUCUAG